CAAACCUGAUACUUAGAAUUCGGAUCCCCUAAGACUUCAGCAUGAGCACCCAAGACACCCUAAGACCUUCUCGGCGAUUCGCCCUUCUCACAUCUCGUCUCAUUCUUAUACCGACGCCAUUAGCCAUCUCAAUACCAUCUUAUGUCAAUCUGUACGCUGACCUCCACGCCAAUGCCGCUUUCUGCAGCAUGGGGUUCGGCAAUGCUUUCCCUGUUCAGACGCGAACCCAAGAACAGAUGCAGGAAGUGAUUGCCACGCGAGACAUUGCUCGAUCCUGGGACAAGAGAGCGAUUGGCGAUUUCGCAGUAGGCCGACGAUCAAAGUUACAAAUAAAGGAUACAACAGGCCGGAAACUGGUGGAUGCGACCAAUACAGUAGUGGUCAUUGAUGAAAAUGACAUUGACGGUGUCUGUCAGACGCUUGACGAUAUUGAGUGGCUGGGUUACGCGGGUGUCCGUGACGCUACUACAACCUCUCUUCCUCCACGCAAUGCCUCGGAUGCUCCGCUACCGCCAUGGGAAGAGAUGGUUGAACUGCGUUACGGUGUUGCACCAUCCUGCUGGGGCCAAGGCGUAGCUCGCGAAGCCGCGGAAGCAGUCAUGCAAUGGGCAGCCACUGAAAGAGGCGUGAAAAGAUUCAUUGCUGAGACAGAAAAAGAAAAUGCGAGAAGCGGAAGAGUGUUGGAGAAGAUGGGGUUCAAGAAGAGUGGUACUGAGUAUUGGAAGGAUGAGGAUGAGGUAGAGUGGGAGAGGGAUGCCGCGAGUCUUUGGUAGCCGUUGGUGUGUCAUGCGCAAACUUCACAGAUUUACUACGUCCAAAUGGUAGCUUGUGUACCUUCAGCUAUGAAACUCUUCUGCAGUUAUCGGAAUCGAGCGUAGAUGUUGGGUGGUGGAAUACGCAGAGUUGAAUGCAUUGAAAUACCAACUGAG